AUGCGGGGCUUGAUCAAUCACGGGACCUACUGCAGUAUCAACAGCGUUGUCCAAGUGCUGUAUGGGACAAGUGAGCUACGGGACCUCAUUCGGCUGGUCGAUGAUCACGAUCACCGGUCUCCUAAUAGGGUGGCAUUGAAACUUAAGCGUCUCAUCUACGAUAUGACCAAAGGCAACCCGUCGCCGUGUGAUCCGAGCUUACUAGUAGACGCAAUGACAUCGUACAGAGGAGCGCCUUUCGACGUUCAGGAGGACUCAGACGUGGUCUUCAAGUGCAUCAUCAACGCUCUAGCAGACGACUGUGGGAUAGCUAAGAGGAUAGGUUCUCUGUGGGACAUUGAGAACGAGGACCGUGUGCGCUGCCUCCGUUGUAACACAGUCCAGUCCACACUCAAUAAGUCCAACACAAUCACCGUGUUGAUAGGAGCUCAUCUCCCCACGGAGCUGCAGGACUAUAUCAAAAUGUACACUGACAACACGUUCACCACGAGUGACUACCAUUGUACACACUGCCACACAGGAACACAGAUCGAAAUCACGAGCAAGGUAUUGACAUUACCCCAGGUUGUGUGUAUGAGGAUCGAACGGGUUAGGAACAUUGGCAGAGAUACAGCUGAUAUAGUCAAGACAGGCACCAGGUGUGCUUUCCCUGAGACACUGGACCUGAAAUAUAUCAUGAAAGAACCUGAAGCCACGGUAGAUACUGUAUACAAGCUGUACGCUGUUCUAGCCCACAGUGGUUCUCACUACUGUGGACAUUACACAGCUUAUGUGCGAGACGAUGACAUUUGGUAUCUUGCAGACGACUCUCACGUCAGGGUGUGCUCAUGGGAAGAUGUCAAGUCAACGUACGAAGCGGGAUCUAUGCUAUGCAAUGGCGUAGCUUACAUGCUCAUGUACCAUAAAGAGCAUCGUUGA